AUCAUACGACGACGUGAGCUGUCAGCUGUAUUAAUUUUUGUUUCUUUGUGUUUAUUACGCCUAAAAAUGUUAUGAUCAUUACGUGUACGUGAAUAUGGGUGCAAAAGACUCAAAACCUAGUUUUAUAUCCUACGAAGAUGCAGUGAAGCGAGUGUCUGAUAGUGAGUUGAGACGCAUACGUGAGGCGUUCAAGAGAAGCGCCGGCACCAAUGGUACAUCCUUGAGUUUGGAAGCAUUCGUCCACGAAGUUCUGUGUGAUGGAGUACCUUACGAGGUAGCAGAGUGGUUGUAUCAGGCCUGCGGUGGUACCAAGCGUGGUAUUGCCUUUAGAGAAUUACUAUGUGGAAUAGUAGUGCUAACUAAAGGAAAUCUUGAAGAGAAAAUUAAGUUUCUAUGGACGCUAUAUGUAAAUAAUCAGAGUGAUAACGGAACAUACAUAUACAAAAGGGAUUUUGCAAGAUCCCUGCAUUUAGAGAACACUUCUCUGCCUGUGACUGGUGCUCAAAGGACAGCAGAAAUAUUGCUGAGUCUUUUCGGACCUGGCGAGAAAGUAACAUUUGAACAGUUUCGAUCAUGGCUUUUAAUACACAAGGAUGCCACUGUGCUGUCCCAAUGGCUACUCUCUGGAGGAGGACAUGUAGCUCAAGAUUUAGAAACCCCUACUUUUUACCAAAGCCUUGCUGGUGUUACACAUUUAGAAGAAAGGGACAUAAUAGAGCUAGAGAAAUGCUUCUGGUCGCUGCGCAACGCCGCGCCGACGGGCCAGCUGGACGCGGAGAGCCUGGCGCCGCUGCUGGCGCCGCCGCUGCCGCGCGCCGCUGUGGCCGGCGCAGUGCUUGCCUUCGACGAGAACAGAGACGGACAUGUGGACUUCAAGGAGCUGUGCUGCGGCAUCAGCGCCGCCUGCCGGGGCCCGCGCACCGAACGCCUCAAGUUCUGCUUCAAGAUCUUCGAUAUGGACCGGGACGGUGUUCUGAAUAGGAAAGAAUUGGUGGACAUGGUAGAGGUUCUGUGCACGGUGGCCAAUGAGGCGUUGAAGCUGCAAGGGUCCCGCGCCUCCACGCCCGAUGUGGACCCGGAGCCGUAUAACGGUUUCGACCCAGAGGCCACGUUAGCAGAUCUGAGGAAUAAGCUGGUGGCGUUGCCCAGGGAAGGCAGGAAACCAAUAUUUCAAUUGGGACCAAACGGGGAAGGACAGGAGAUUAUUGUUAAUGAGGUAUGUUUUCAUUUUUUCAUUGGUCAGCCCUGUUACGUCCCCACUGGAGGGGCUCAGGCUUUCCUUAUGAAUGGUUAAGGAAAACGGGCCAUGACCCUCCACGCUGACCCAAUGCGGAUUGGAAGGUAUUAACGACUGCAAAUGCAGCCGAGACCAACGGCUUAACAUGCCUUCCGAACAGAGUAUCCUGAGACAAAUUUUUUUUUGUCACCCAUCCCUUGACCGAUCCUCGCGAAAGAUGCUUAACAACUACGACCGCGUGCCGCAGUGCUUAUCCACUACAUCACCGAGCUCACGCAUUUCGAAUUGAUGUCAUACAU